AUGGCGAAAACUCCAGCGCAAAAAAAGGAGACUACUGGCCAAAGCAAGCCUGCCAGCCCAAGCAAGCCUACCGGCGAAAGCGGGCCUACUAUCCAAAGUGACCGGAAUGGUGAAGAUCCCAUCGAGGUGGACUCUCGGGUUAGUAAAAUGCAACCAACUCAGUGUGAUCUCUACAUUUCCAUAACGAUCGUGAUUUCUAACGGAUUUUGUGGACCUCAGGCUACUGACAAUGAUUCUGCUUACGGAGAGGAGCUCCAUACAGUACGACUGACAUUUUAUGUCAGUUCCACUUAUACUGCUUCCUUGACCUCUUCCGUGCAGGACUACCGUAUUGAGAAUGGCAGGCGCUACCACGCUUAUCGUGAUGGAAAGUACCUCUUACCAAAUGAUGAAGACGAGUCCGAUCGACUAGACAUGGCACAUGAACUGUGCCUGAAGGUGAUGCAAGGAAAGCUAUUUCUGGCACCUAUUGGGCCGUCACCAUCGCGGGUCAUUGACCUUGCGACUGGGACUGGAAUAUGGGCAAUUGAUUUCGCCGACAAGUAUCCUUCCGCAGAGGUCAUUGGCAAUGAUCUGAGUCCUACUCAGCCAACUAUGGUUCCGCCAAAUGUAAAAUUCCUCGUCGACGAUAUCGAAGAUGACUGGGGAUACGAGAAGACUCCAUUUGACUUUAUCCAUGCUCGGUACCUAUGCCACUCGAUCAAGGAUUUUAAGAAGUUGAUAAGACAGGCCUAUAACUGCACCAAGCCUGGAGGCUGGGUCGAGUUCCAGGACUGGGAUUGCCGGAUUCGGUCUGAGGAUGGAAGUCUUGAGGGCACAGCCCUUCAGAGGUAUUAUACAGAGGUAGUAAAUGCCUUUGAGAGGGCAGGAUACCCAGCAAGCCCCGGGCGAUAUCUGGAAGAGUGGUUCCGUGAAGCCGGGUUUGUGGAUAUCCAUGUUCGGAAAUACCCCGUGCCGAUGAGUGUCUGGCCCAAAGAUCCAUAUUACAAAGAAAUCGGCGCUUGGCUUCGCGUGAUCGUCUCGGAAGCUUUCGAGGGAGGCGCCAUGGCCGUGCUGACGAGAUACGAAAACUGGAAGCCGGAGGAAGUCACCGUUCUUGCUGCUGGGGCUAAAAAUGACCUCAAGAAUCGCGAUAUCCAUGCAAUAAUGGACUUCUGGGUGGUGUACGGUAGAAAGCCUGAGUGA